CCCCACUUCCAGCAAUUCGUGAUUCUAGAUCUGGUGAUUAGGCAGCAACAUGACAGCAGCUACGACUGCCUUUUCUUAUCGCAGCUGUACGACAGACUACUCCAGGUCGGCAUUAAGAGUGGCUUGAUGACAUUUUCGUGUAGUCGUAUCUUACUAGUUUCUCUAUGUUUCUUCUCUCGUUUUUUCCUCAAGCUAGUAGAGGAAACGUAAAUGGUCUCUUUCAGCUCAGGUACUCGGUACGGAUUCUCAUCUGUCGUUUCCCCUCUCCUUUGCCCGCCUUUUCACCCUCCUAGUCCGUCGUAACCACUUCUUUGCCCGCCGUCUCCCCCCUCCUUGCAUGUCGUUUUACCUCUCUCUCUCUCUCUCUCUCUCUCUCUCUCUCUCUCUCUCUCUCUCUCUCUCUCUCUCUCUCUCUCUCUCUCUCCCUCCCUCUCUGCCUCUCUCUACCUCUCUUUCAACUUCUCUCUCGUCCUCUCUUUCCUUUCACCAUCACAUUUUGUGUUAACUUCCCAUGCCCAUUCGUUCUCGCCCUAGCUGCUUGUUGUUCACUCAUUUCAUACGCAAUGCCUAAUAUAAUAUCCACUUUAAUUUUGUGCAGGUUUUCUUGUAAACGCGAUUAUGAGUUCCCUACGGCGUUUUGCUGUAAUUCGUUGGGAUGUUCAAUUAUCUCAUUUUCAGCUUUAUAUUCUUAUAAUUGCUGGCGUCCUGUGUUUGGUCUGAUGUGUCUUGCUGCUGUUAUUUGCUCUCAUUCUCGA